AUGUCCCAUACCAAACUAAGGAAUUUUGGUCUUGCUGUUGGGUUAAAUUCUAUUAUGGCAAACACAAAGGUAGAGAAAAAUAUGUGGCUUUUAUGGAAUGAUAACUUGGAAGUUAAGAGGAUGCUGCACUUUGAACAAGCUAUGACCGUGUCAGUCUCCUACCAGGGAGCUGAUCCAGUGUUAGUUACGGUGGUGUAUGGUUGUUGUGACUUACUUGUUAAGGAGGCCCUUGUGGGGACACUUACAGGUUAUUUCUACAUCCUUUGCUAUGCCCUGGCCACAACCUUUUUUGCUAAACUGUACAUGUCAGAGGACCAUGGGCUUGAUGAAGAGCUAUUUGGGGUUAUUCCUAAACUUGUUGGACCAGCGGCUAACGAGAUCUUGACUAUGACUGCUACCUUAACCGAAGUGAAACAGCUGGGGAUCGUGGCUCAUUUUGUUGCUACAGCUGGUUUUAUCAGACUUUAUCUUUGCUUUCUUGUCGCUGCUGCUGGCCACCUUUGGUCUCUUUUUCUUCAGCUGGUUUUGCUGAUUUUCUCAUGGUCUCUCAGCGGUUCUUUCAUCUGCUUGACGCUGGCUAUUGGUCUGCUGCUGUGGGUUUCUCUGUUGCUGCUUCCUUCGGCAGUCAGCUGGGGAUUUGUUCUCAGCGGGCUCUCAGUUGCUGUGUUGGUUCUGGGCUUAUGUUCAUUCCUCAUGGUUUUCAUCAUCUCGCAGUUGCUGUCUCUUGGGUUUCCAGCUUUCCUCCAGCUGAAUUUUCUGGAUCUUCAGCUGGACUCUCAGCUGGCUUUUGCUGGCCUUCAUGUCCCAUUUUAUGUCCUUUUCUUUUUUGAUGGUUUAUGCCACAUUGGCUUCCUUGUUUUUGUUAAAGCCCGGCUUCCUUGCUUCUUGUAA